CAUAUUACAUAUGCACACAAACCCCACCAACUCUACUCAAGAGUUACUGAUCUUUGAUGCUUAAAGUGUUCUACCCUUGUACUUUUCUCUUUCAUUUUCCUUUUCUUUGAAUAACAAUGAUCACAGUACUUUCACAGUUCUCAUGUCUUCAAACUUUAGUUUUGAAAAAACUGAUGAAACAUUGGUGUUCAAAAACUUAGGUUUAUGUUUUACUGUCACAUGCAUUAAUGUUUUGUUUCACAUGAUUCUGUUUCUACUGAAGUUACUUCAAUUUGUUCUGUCAUUGGAUUUUUUUGUGAAAGCUGAGAGGUUUUUUCAGUUGAUCUAGCUUUCAUUGAGCAGAAAAUGGAACUGUUGCUAAUUUUGCUGCUAUUUAAGGUGCAUUUUGGACUCAGUGCUCAACAGGUUCAUGAAUAUUCAGACUCCAACCUACUACAUUUCAGAUUCAGUGGUCAUUUAAGUAUUGCAGUGCCACCAACAGUAUCAUCUUAUGUUCCUUCAAGUAUUGCGCAACCACCUGCCAAGUCAUUGUCGGGCGUUCCUGCAAGUAUUGCAUUUCCACCCUCCAAGUCAAAUGUCAGAGCUCCUACAAAGAAACCGAAACAUGGUUCUUUGGAUUCUCCAAUAUCACAUCAUAAACAUCACUAUACCGGUAAAAAGAACCGUAAUCCAACUCUAGGACCGACCUCCACAAUCCAAGCUCCUGCUUACAGCAAUCAAGGUCCUUCAUACCUCAAACCACAUCCUCCUUUCUCUUCACCAAACACCAAGUUUAUCCAAGCACCUGUGCCUGCACCUGCACCAUCACCGGCUUUUCGGUCAGGCCAUCUAGAUGUUCCGUCUCUUCCACCUAGAAUUUCACCUAUAGGUUCAUCCUUGAACAAGAUUAAGACUCCACCGCCAACAUAUGCAUUGGUUCUUCCCCCUCCACCUCCUAAUAAAGAUUGCUUAUCCGUCACUUGCUCAGAGCCGUUAACAUACACACCUCCUGGUUCACCUUGUGGUUGUGUAUGGCCUCUUCAAGUUAAAAUCCGUGUCAGCAUUGCAACAUACAAGUGUUUUCCUCUGGUUUCAAAGCUAGCUUAUGAAAUUGCAGCGAGUGCUAUGCUGAACCAUACGCAAGUUCGUAUCGUGGGAGCUGAUGCAGCUAAUCAACAACUAGAGAAAACCGAUAUUAUCAUUAACAUGGUACCAAAAGGAGUAAAAUUUGAUGAUACCGUGGCAUUAUUAAUAUACAAGAAAUUCUGGCACAAGGAGAUUCUAAUAGAUGGUUCCCUCUUUGGUGCUUAUGAAGUACUCUAUGUUCAUUAUCCAGGUCUUCCACCUUCACCACCUUCAAAUCCCUCGGGUGUUUCUAGUAUAGAUGAUGGACCGAAUCAAGGUCGUGACAACAAUGGAAUGAUGAUGAAACCUUUAGGAGUAGCUAUACCAAAGAAAAAGGAAGAAGGGAGCAACGGAAGAAUGGUUUUUAUAAUUGCGCUGUCAUCAGUUACCGCUUUUGUACUGUUCCUUGGACUUGCUUGGCUUUGUCUGUUGAAAUACAGUUCUUGUAUUCAUCAACAUGAAAAAGCUUCAGAUAACUUAAUGUCAUCCUCUUCAAAACACUUAAGGGCAACCGGGCCAUUAAAUCAUGGGAUUGUGUCAGGAUCUGGAUCACGUUCCUUCGGUUCGGGAACAAUAGCAUUUACAAGAUCUGCCAAGAAUUUUUCCUUGAUUGACUUAGAGAAAGCAACAAAUAACUUUGACUCUUCUAGAAUAUUAGGAGAAGGUGGCUUUGGACUUGUUUACAAAGGUGUUCUGAAUGAUGGGAGGGAUGUAGCAGUAAAGGUUCUCAAAAGAGAUGAUCAGCGUGGUGGCCGUGAAUUCUUGGCAGAAGUUGAGAUGCUUGGCCGCCUACACCAUAGAAAUUUAGUUAAACUGAUAGGUAUAUGCAUAGAGAAAAGGACUCGUUGCCUAGUGUAUGAACUUGUCCCUAAUGGAAGUGUGGAAUCCCAUUUGCAUGGUGCUGACAAGGAAAGUGAUCCAUUGGAUUGGAGCGCCCGGAUGAAGAUUGCUCUUGGUGCAGCUCGGGGAUUGGCUUAUCUGCAUGAAGAUUCCAAUCCGUAUGUCAUACACCGGGACUUCAAGUCCAGUAACAUCUUAUUGGAACAUGAUUUUACACCCAAGGUUUCGGAUUUUGGAUUGGCUAGAACAGCACUGGAAGAGGGAAACAAGCACAUCUCCACACAUGUCAUGGGUACAUUCGGGUACUUGGCUCCUGAAUACGCAAUGACUGGCCAUCUUCUCGUCAAAAGUGAUGUUUAUAGUUAUGGAGUUGUGCUCCUUGAGCUCCUAACCGGUAGAAAGCCUGUUGAUUUGUCACAACCGCCAGGUCAAGAAAAUCUCGUGACUUGGGUCCGUCCACUUCUCACAAGUAACGAAGGUUUGCAAACAAUCAUAGACCCAGAUGUAAAGCCAAAUGUGUCUAUCGAUACAGUGGUAAAAGUUGCAGCAAUUGCAUCCAUGUGCGUGCAACCAGAAGUAUCUCAACGACCUUUCAUGGGAGAAGUUGUUCAAGCCUUGCAGCUUGUAUGCAGUGAGUUUGAGGAAACAAACUAUAUAAAAUCAAUUAACUUUCACGAAGACGAUCUUGCAAUAACUAAGUUGGAAGGGAAGUUUUUGGAGGUUUCAGACGAGAGAGUGGAGUUUUCGGAGUGUCAAAAAUCACUUUAUGGCUAUCAAUCUGGUGAAGAAAAUGUAAGAUUAUCAGCUUCAGAGCUGCUUAGCACUUCAGGCCGGGAAUUUGAGUCAUUCAGGAGGAAAUCAACUUCGGGGCCUAUUACCACCGAGAAGAAAAGACAUUUCUGGCAAAAUUUGAGAGGUUUGUCUAAAGGUAGCACAAGCGAUCAUGGAUUUUCAAAUAAACUAUGGCCUGGAUCCCAUUAAGCUUUCGCCACUUCUUAAAACAAAUCAUGAUGUUUAUCUUUCUUCUUGUUAUAAAAAAAUGGAUUUUUUUUCAUGCUCAACACCAAUAAACUUGUGUCCUUUGUAUAAGCUAUUUUAUGUUACCAUUGAAAUAUAGAAAUUUAAGGUGUAUCAUGUAUUUUCUCAGCUCCUAAAGUAAUAUAGUCAGAUAUGAAACACUUUCACA